AUGUCCGCAGAACAGCUCUCCAAGUUGUCGCUCAGUGAUAGUAUGGUCACUACUCGAGCUGGAGCGGCUCGGUUGCGAACAGGUCCUCCGCAGACUCCGCAGGGAUCACUCACAUCGAGCCCCAUAUCUCCGACUCCAUCUUUGAUCGAAUCGACCAACGGUCAUGUGUAUGACAUCUCAGCUUUCGACGAAGACCUACGCCGGAGAGCCAAGAUAGGCCUUGUCAAAGACGACAACAAUAUCCGAAUGCGAUUCUGUGGGGAGAACGAUGAUGGCACAAAAUACUUCUUCCAUCUGGAUGAUGACAUCACUGUGAAGCUAGAAGAAGAACGAGUUCCAAAGUGCAGCUGUGGAAGCGUGCAAGACAGGAAGGCCUGCAAGCACAUCUUCUGGAUCCUGGGUCAACUUAGCUCAGUUCUACCCAAGAAUCAGACAAUUCAACUGGCAGAGGAUGGCUCCAGUGUGAAAAACACCCACCCGGCAGAAGUCUUGCAGAUGCGUUCUCUCCGAGACUUUGCCGAUCAUCUCCAUUGGGUAGUCGAAGAUGAGGACUUGCCGGAGACCGAGGAACUUGUUGACGAGGUAGAUAACAUGAUGUCGUGCUUCGAACCGACGGGGCUUCUACCUGCCGAAUUCAAGAGCGAAGAUACCCGAGAGCUCUCAGAUUUGUCGCGCAUGUUCCGAGAGAUCCGGUCAAUCAUCGUGGAGCAUGCUAUCCGAUACCCAGCCUUCUUCAUGCAGCUACAGGAGAAAUGUACACCCGAAUUCCAGGUGCAAGUGUUCUUCGAGAAAAUCAAUAAGCGCGUCGAUGGGGUCUUCAACGCGUUGGAUGAAUACAUCGAGAAAGGGCCGACCAACCAACGUUCCGAGUCUCUCGAUGUGGUGAGCUGUGCCGCCCGCCUUGGCUGCUUGGUAGAGAAGGUUGAAGAAUACCGUGAUGAUUCACUUCAUUCAGACGCCGGGGAAAGAAGGGACGACACAGAAAUCGAAAAGCUGGCAGCCGUAGCUUAUUUGAGGAUUCUGGACGAGGUCACGCGUCGCAACUACAAUGCCUACGCUGACAACACCUGGGGCAUGCCGAUGCCGCCGAGCGAUCCAAGCAAAAACAACUUGUUCGUCUGCUUGAUUGGAUCUGCGAGCGAGGAAAAUGGGUUCUUUAUAUUGGAUAAUCUUCGAGACAUGGCACCACACAUCGUUCGCCAUCACAGCGUGGAUCUAGGCGACAUCGAAAACCGUCUCCGAAACACAACGUUGACACCUCCUGCUUACCUCAAUGCUCUCCGUACGCUUAUCCAAGACAAGAGGAAGAGGGCGGCAUCUCAAAGUGGCGGGAGCAGUGCAAAAAGAACAAUGCAGUGA